ACCCAGUAGUCAGAGACACCAAGAGUGGAGGUCUUGGAUUCUUGAGAGACACACAGGACAGCCCCAGGGCGGGCAGUGAAGCUGUGUCCCUGCCACAAGAACCAGUGACUAUGAAACUCCCCCUGUUUCUGCUGCUCCUCCUGCUGGGGACAGCUACUGCUCUUCAUGUGGGGAAUGAUGCCCCCUAUCUGGACAGCCAAGAGUCACAGGCUGACCUGAGCCAGGAUCUGGAAGGCUCAGGGGAGCAGGAAGGAGAGUCAGUCCUGACUGAGGAGGGGAUUCAGUCUGAAGGAGAGCAGGUGGAGGAUUCCAGCUGCCAAGAUGACUUUGAGGAUGAGAAUGCCAUGGAGUCAGACCCAGAUGACCUAGAUGAGAACUUCCAAUGCCCCAGAGCAGAGGACACAGUGGAAAUCAGCGGCAGUCCUGAGUGUAAGACCUGCCGCUAUGUGUUGGUGCACACCUGCAGGAGAUUUCGAGGCGCUCGGAAAGUUUGCAGGAGGUGCUAUCAUGGCAACCUCGUCUCUAUCCACAACCUCUGCAUCAACAAUCAACUCCAGUCCUUGGCCAGUAGGAGCAACCAGGUCCGGGUCUGGAUUGGAGGCAGAAUCAAGGGCUGGUGCUCCGGGUUUCGCUGGAUUGAUGGGAGUGCUGUAAAUUUUAGUAACUGGGCACAUCAUCCUGGGCGAGGCCGCUGUGUGAGCCUAUGCACCCGAGGGGGUCAUUGGCGACGAACACGUUGUGGAAGACGUCUGCCCUUCAUCUGCUCCUUCUAAGCCAGUGGCGUGGAAGAGAUCCUGCCUAGGUGUCCCCUCCCUGCAUCCCUCCUGACUGCCCCUGGCUCACCCUGGACCCUAGGCUGGACUCCCUGCCUCUCCUGGUCAUAAAGCUAUGUUUCCCACCGCA